CUGCUAAAGACAUAAUCAUUUUUAUAGCACCUGUGCACUUCAGAUGCAUUAAACUCAAUGUGACACAGAAAAAAAUGGGGAAAAUAAUGUCAAAACACAAACCUGUCGUGCAACAACUCGCUCGUUCCCCCUUCCUUCUCUACCGAACCUGGAAAUGUACAAAUUGAGCUAAAGUGUGCUGAUUGGUUGAACAGAAAGCAAAUCAAACACGAGAGAGUCACAAAUGGCUAGAAUAGACGUCAAUCACAAGAGCUGAGGCGUUUCCAAAGUGAUACGAUACUCCCUCUUUCCGGUUGCGGUUAGGUCGGCAAUUUACUGUGGAUGUUCAAGUUAUUCCUGUUUAGAAGGUAAGAACUACAAGGCGAAUGUUAAUCUGUGUCUUUCUAAGGAGUUGUAGAGGCAAUAUUGUUAGGUUUAAAAGAACUGCAGCUGGAUAUAAGAGCUUCUGUGGUCAUGCAGGGACACAAAGCUAAGGUACGACAGCAUCAACUAAAGCUAAGUAAGUUGGGUUAGUCAACUUUGGCGCCUUGGCUACUUUCCUCAGCACUGCAUGGUAAAGGCUGCCUCCAUGCUUCUCAGACGUGACCCUCUGUAGAGACACGGGGCUUAUCCACGUUGAUAUGACCAUAGAAAAAUAACAGAAAGCAAUUCCCCUAUGGACUAUGUUAUGGUGUCAAGUGGCUCAAGAGAUGCAGAGAGAAGAUGACCUCUCAGGAUAGAAACCCCCCUUUAAACCCUUAGGGAUUGCAGGGUACUGUGACAUGAAUUAAAUUGAAUGCAGUAUUUGAUCCACUUCUUUUCUACUACACUUGCAUCAAAAUGAAAUUUGACAGUUAAUGUGCCAUCACAAAACCUUUAAACACAGUUUUAUGAAAAUCAGUGCAUUACAUUUGUAAAUGGGAACUAUUAAGUCUUAAAAUAAAACCGUGAAUGUGUUAUUCACAGCAGAGUCAUUACUGAUAAAUACAAUUAAAUAGAAAAAACUGAAUUUUGGUCAACUUUUUGGCUGUAGCAGCUUCUAAAUAACCACCUACCAGAAGCUAGAGUUGUCUUCUUGAAUAGAAAUAGCAGAAAGUGGCCUAAGUCGAAUACACACAGAGGAAGAGGAUGGCCCCUGAGAUCCAGGCAGUGGUACGUGCCACCCAGGCCUGGAUGAAGUCCUCCUGGCAUGUCCAGGUGCCCUUUGCCUGGCUGGAAGCCUGCGUGGGGUGGCUACAGGAAGAGGCAGGAGGGGCAGGUCAUCUGUCGCAGCAGCAAAUCAACCAACAGGCACUUGACCAGUGGCUGUUGACAGAUCUGAGGGACCUGGACUACCCUGUUCUCCCUGAAGGACUUGCUGAGGCCCAGAAGACUGAACUUAGCGGCACCUUCUGUGUCCAGGUUGACUCAUUACUGGACAUCAGUCAGCCUGCGUAUGGUCAGCUGCAGAAGUGGAAGGGCACAGACUGUGCCAACGAUGAGGUGUCUGCAGUCACACAGACCACCCAGAGGCCCUGGGAAGCCAGACCAACCCGGAUGCUACUACUGCAGGUGACAGAUGGAGUCCAGAGUUUGGAGGCCAUGGAGUAUCAGCCUAUCCCUGCACUCAGCACAGCACUCAGGCCCGGUGUAAAGCUACAGUUGCAAGGACAGAUGGUUUGCAGACUUGGGAUGCUGCUGUUGGGGCCAUCCAACAUCAAAGUCCUGGGUGGUGAGGUGGAGGACAUGGUGGACAGAAAUAACCAGGGCCGGGUGCUGUGUCGGACACUGGGACUUCCCGAAGAGCAGCAGCAGCAGGAGGAAGAGGAAGCCUCACCAGCACCACAACAAGGAAACCAGGAAGUGGAGGACCUAGAGCUCAAUGAUGCAGAGUUAUUAGCCAGUUUGGAGGCCCAGGAGGAGGUGGAAAGGGUACAGGUUGGGUCUGUUCGAGACAGCGGCUAUGGGACACUCAGUGAGACCGCCAAUCAGUUCUCAAGAAGCUCCUCUGUCAGGAGCCUUGUCUCAGCAGCCUCAUCUAGAAGUGAAGCCUCAACCCACUCUUACAGAAGUGGUUGGACCCAGAGCAGCAGAAGUGGUUCAGUCCAAGGUCAUCGCCAUGGUGUCGAACAAGAGGGUUUUGACCACUUUGACCUCUUACCUCCUGAACACAAGACUCAACGAGAGAUCGAAGCUCACAACAUGGCAGAAGAAGACUUUCCUGAUGAAGACUUUGAUGAUCUUCCCCUGGACGAGUUGGACAGUGUGAUUUUUCAGCAAACUACAAAUGUUACUGCGCAGUCUGACAGCAAUCACAGAAGCACACCACAAAAUAAGAGCAGAAUUAUAGGAAAUCCUAACAGUGUGGACAGGACAACAAAACCUCAAACUGCUAAGCUUGAGCAGCACACUCUAAAUGGCUCGGGGUCACAGUUUGGCUCUAGCAACUCCAGAUCCAUCACACAGAAAAGAGACUAUCAAGGCUGUACUAAAGGAGCUAAGGGGCAGUUAGCUGCGGCAACUUCCACACCUCUUUUUUCCCCAUCAACUUUAGAGCCAUCACAUGAAUUAGAAUUUGUAACCAAUUAUGAGAGUGAUUUCAUGGCUGAGGACAUGGACUGCAUCCUUGAAGAGGCUGAAACCUAUGGAGUACAACCUGGGAGGACUGGAGGGCCAAAUCAGCUCCCUCUUCAAGAAGGACCUAGAAGAGACAGAGAGAAAGCUACUAACAAAACAGAGUCUGAUAGUCCAUGUGCUAAAAAAGAUCCACUGAGUGACAGCACAGUCCCUGCUCUCACUCUGACCUCUCCACCUUUUACGUACUUGUGCCUGCUAGAAGAGCUGAUGUCCAAACCACACCCUCACCCCACCGAGAUCCGUGUCAAAGCUUUCAUUGUGACCCUCUUAGGGAAACUGAGCAGCAACAACGGCGUUUGGAGUGUCUGUGCAGCAAUAUCUGACGGAACUGGUUACCUGGACGUGGAGUUGUCCGAUGAGAUUUUGACAGGCCUGCUGGGCUUCUCUGUGGCAGAGAAGGCGGUUCUGAAGCGUGACCCAGCCCGGAGAGGUGAGCUUGAUGCUGGGAUGAGGAGAUGUCAGGAAGAGCUGGUGGACAUGUGCUGUGUUAUGACCAUCGUGGUUGAACCAGAGGGUAGAAAAGCUGUGGUUAAAAAGGCAGACGAGGUCAAUGAGAAAGUACUCCAGGAGCUAGAGCAGAGGGUGAGAGACAGGAGAAAAUAAAUACAGAGGAGAGAUUUAGGGGAAGUAAGUGAAAAGGGCAGGUAGCAGAGAACUACAUUGCUCUUGAGUGGAGUGGAAGAAUUGCCAACAAAACUGAAGCAAAUAGCACUGCACAUCAGGAUUGCCUUAAAAUUUUUCCCUCAUGAAAUGAAACUAAGGUAUUUCUUGGGAUUGGUGAUCAACCUGCCUUUCAGCUUCAGAUUUGGAGAGCAGACUGUGUGAACUGGAUGUCUGAUAAUCAGCAAGCAGUGUGUUGCAAUGCAUCCCAUCUGCUAUAUGUGAAUGUGACAUUCUGUCAUUUGUCCUUAGAGGAUUUCAAUAAUCUAUUCAGAGAGCCAUUUCCUGCUUGAAAUGCACUGCAUCAUUGCCAAGCAAAAUAAACAUACUAAAGAUGGAACAUCUUAUCUAUAUUAUAUAUUAAUGAUUGGUCAUCAGCAUAUUAGAUUAAACAAUCCAGAGCUGAGCAUCCCAAAUUGUAUGUAACGUUUAAAUCGAUGCAAAGAUACAAUUGAGGCAUUUGAGAUGAGAAAAGGUAAUGGAGCUUAAAAAAAAAUUCAUAUUCUGAUAGUCGUAAUGAAUUUCCAGCCUCAGCAUUCAUUCAGUACAUCCGUUACUUCUGACUGGAAAAUGAUUGAAUAUCCAAGGACAGCAUGGGUCUUUAAUAAACUCCCCCAGAGGCAAAUGAGAGGAAAGGAUGAUAAAAGAGAGGCCAUGAGCUUCGAUUAUUUCUGUAUAUUAUAGAUCUUCAUUUAUGUUUUUGAGCACAUAUAACACAGAUGUGAUGCCUUGCCUGUAUUUACUGUAUAUUGAAAUAAAAUUGUUCUGAAGAUU